ACAAUCGUUCGCGGCGUUAAGAAUUCGUGUGCUCGUUGGUCUUCUUGUCUGUUUGUUUGUCCGUCUUACCGUCUUAUAGUGUGUGUCGGCCUAAACUCUAACGCGUACGGCGUCUAAAACGUAAAUUUAUGAGUAAACGGAAGUGACGAAACAUUCAAAAUUCUAACCUAUUUCCUAUGAGUGGAAAUUUUAGAAAUUUCCAUCCACAAAUUGUUGCUGCUGCGCUGCUAUGUUGAAAAAUGUUUGUGAAGUUUUGAAAUAAUUCGUGACGAAAACAUUAAGCACAAAAAAAUUUGACAUUUUCUUUUACCUCAAAGUCACGCUGAACGGAGCAUGCGCCAAAAAGCCUAAGCGUGGGUGAAGGCACAGGCAGCUAAGGAUUUCGUACGAAAGAGAAAUACACUUUUCGUUCCACAACAUUAACAUUCUAAGGACAUUCGCCGUACAAACCGGGCACAAGAAAAAGCAAACGCAUAUUUGCUAACCAAAAAUUAGUGAAAUUUUGUUAAUUUUUGUGAAAUUUUGUGAAAUUUUUACUUGUGAAGAAAUAUCGAAAGAAACAGAAACACAUAUCCUUAACUUACACAAUACACCUAAACUUUCACUUGGUGAAAUUUUAAAAGUUUUUAUCUUAAAAGUAUUUUUGUGAAAUAUCAUUUUAAUUACAUAAAUUUAUUCACUUAAAUUAUAAAAAAAAUAAAAUCAAAAACAAUGUUGUCGUCUGAACGCAUUGAUACUACCAAACCCAUCGUUACGGAGGAGAACUCACAUCUCUUGGAAACAGCUGCCAACGGCGACAAAUAUGGUUCCCAACAAGCGGACCAAGACGCCUUGCUCGGUGACAACAUGGUUCAGAUGAAACACUCGACAUCAAGAAAAUUACCACAAUAUAUAGCCGCAUUAGCAGCAGCUGGUGGGGCACUUGCGGCAGGUACUUUGCUUGGUUGGACAAAUCCAGCACAGAAUGAUGUUAUUGCAGGCAAAUAUGGUUUUGAUGUGUCGGAGGAUCAGUUCUCAUUGGUUGGUUCAUUCGUAACUCUCGGCGCCGCAUGUGUUUGUAUACCGAUCGGCAUAUUAAUCAACAUGAUUGGACGCAAGCUAACGAUGUUAUUGCUUGUAUUACCUUUUACACUAGGCUGGUGUUUAUUGAUUUGGGCUCAAAAUGUUAGUAUGUUGUAUGCAGCCCGUUUUAUUCUUGGUGUUUCUGGUGGUGCUUUCUGCGUCACCGCUCCGAUGUAUACUGGAGAAAUUGCGGAAAAGGAUAUUCGCGGUACGCUCGGUAGUUUCUUCCAGUUGAUGAUAACUGCUGGUAUAUUGCUUGUAUACGGACUUGGUGCUGGACUUAAUUUGUUUUGGCUGAGUGUUGCUUGUGGUCUUAUUCCACUUAUAUUUGGUGCUAUAUUCUUCUUUAUGCCGGAGACUCCAACUUAUUUAGUUGGAAAAAAUAAAGAGGAACAAGCUAUAAAAUCUAUUCAGUGGUUACGAGGUUCUAAUUAUGAUUAUAAUACGGAAAUUGAAGAACUCAAGGCAGUAGAUGCAAAAAUAAAAGAAGAAUCUAUUUCUGUUAUGUCGGCUCUUCUACGUCCUACAACCUUAAAAGCUUUAUUUAUUAGUUUGGGUCUCAUGUUCUUCCAGCAAUUGUGCGGCAUUAACGCUGUCAUUUUUUACUCAACUGAUAUAUUUAGGGAUGCUCAAACCGGUAUUGAUGAACAACUUUCAACAAUUCUUGUAGGCGUUAUGCAAGUGAUCGCCACAUUUGUUUCCGUAAUAGUCGUUGAUAAACUUGGUCGUCGUAUACUAUUACUUGCUUCCGGUUCUGUAAUGUCAAUUUCAACUAUUGCAAUGGGUGUGUAUUUCUACAUGCAACAAAAAGAUGUAGAGUCUGUCAGUUCACUCGGUUGGUUGCCAGUUUGCAGUUUGUGCGCCUUCAUCAUUAUGUUCUCAAUUGGUUAUGGCCCAGUACCAUGGUUGAUGAUGGGUGAACUUUUCGCUACAGAUAUUAAGGGUGUAGCUGGUUCAUUAGCUGGCACAACUAAUUGGGUACUAGCAUUUAUUGUAACCAAAUUUUUCGUCAACCUGAAACAAGCAAUGGGUAACGGAGAAACAUUUUGGCUUUUCGCUGGAAUAACCGUUGUGGGCAUAUUCUUUGUAUUCUUCUUCGUACCGGAAACAAAAGGCAAAAGCUUACAAGAAAUACAAGACAUAUUGGCAGGAAGGAGGAGAAAUCCAAGCAACGCCGAAACAAAUACGCCUAUGUAAAACUAAAUACUGGAUUAAGUGUUUGUUACAAGAAGCACGUUCAUGAAUUUUUAAUUUUUAAUUUUUAAACUUUUAUUUUAAUCCCUGAUGUGUAUAUUGAAAUGGUAAUAUAUUUCUCAAGCGCUAAAAUAAUUCAGACUCUCUUAUUAAGCAUCAAUAUUAAUAAUUACACUUAGUAAUAGCAAAAAAUAUAAAGAACAGCGCUGGAUUAUAAUU